UAGUUUCAUUUUGACUUUUGAAGACUACCAUCAUAUAUCGUGAUUAUGGAGCAGUGGAAAAAUCGUUUAGCUAUCGUCACUGGAGCUUCUUCAGGAAUUGGUGCUGCAAUUGCAAAGGAUCUCGCGAAAGCGGGAAUGAUUACAAUUGGGUUGGCACGAAGAGUUGAAAGAGUUGAAGCUCUCAAGAAGGAUCUUCCAGCAAAUGUUCAAGGAAAUCUUCAUGCUGUAAAAUGUGAUGUGUCGAAAGAGGAAGAAAUAAUUAGAGUUUUCUCUGAAAUUGACGCAAAAUUCAAUGGAAUCGACGUGUUAAUUAACAAUGCAGCCGUCCUUCGGGAAGGAGCUUUAAUCACUAAGGAUAAUUCUACGUCAGUCCGUGAAGUGUUGGACACUAAUGUGUUGGGUGUGGUUUUCUGUACACGUGAAGCCUACAAAUCAAUGGAAAAACACGGAAGAAAUUCUCACGUAGUACACAUCAAUAGUAUAGUUGGACAUAACAUUAUCAAUGAUCCGAAAAUGGCUUCCACUAAUAUCUACACUGCAGGAAAAUUCGCAUUAACCGCCAUAAUGGAAAUACAUCGGCAGGAGUUCAUAAGGAGCAAACAUCACAUUAAGGUGACUUCUGUUAGUCCAGGGGUUGUAAAAACGGAAAUGGUGCCAGAGGACUUUGCUGAAAAAUACGGCAACUUUUCUUUUCUUGAGCCUGAAGAUGUAUCCCAUAGUAUUCUUCAUGUCCUUGGAACUCCUCCUCAUGUUCAAAUUCACGAAUUAACUAUUAAACCAUUCGGAGAAACUUUUUAAAUACAUAUUGGAAAAAAAGUUUUACAAAUUAAUACUGAAUAUGUUUAUGUAUGAACCCUUCGAUUAAAGACAUUUUUAACAAUACAAAAUAACAGGCAUUUCUUAUCACUCGCAUAUUUUAUCACCAGUUACAUAACUUCGUUAAAUGUGUGAUGUAUAUACAUAAUAUUUCAAUUUUAUAUAUAUGUACAUAAAGAUAGUAUAUCUCAUAUCAGAAUUACUUGGCUGCUUAUAAUGUGAGCAUGAAUAAAGCCAGCUACCAGUGAGAUAGAUUAGAUUCGUGUGCUGUACAUAAAAGUGAAAAGACAAAGUAGAAAAUUUAGUUAUAUUCUGGCUUUUGAAGAACACAGAUAUACUUUUUAAAAUCAUGGAACAGUGGAAGAAUCGCGUAGCUAUCGUAACAGGUGCUUCGGCAGGUAAAAAUAUUCAUACAAUGAUGAAAUAGCAGAAAUUGAAACGAAAAUUUUGGAGAUAAAAAAACUUUAUAUUUAAAAAUAGGAAUUGGUGCUGCAAUUGCAAAGGAUCUUGCAAAGGCAGGAAUGAUAACAAUUGGCUUAGCAAGAAGAGUUGAAAGAGUGGAAGCCCUCAAGAAGGAUCUUCCAGCAAAUGUUCAAGGAAAUCUUCAUGCUGUGAAAUGUGAUGUGUCAAAUGAGGAUGAUAUUGUGAGAGUAUUUGCUUGGAUUGAUAAGAAAUUCAAUGGGAUUGAUGUGCUGAUCAACAAUGCCGGUAUUCUUCGAGAAACUGAAUUAAUUAAUAAGGAUAACUCUUCAAAAAUUCGCGAAGUGAUCGACACUAAUGUGUUGGGAUUGGUUUUCUGUACGCGUGAGGCCUACAAAUCAAUGGAAAAGCACGGAAGAAAUUCUCAUGUUGUACAUAUUAACAGCAUAGUUGGACAUAAUGUUAUUCGAAAUCUUCAAAUGCCUUCUGGCAAUAUUUAUCCUCCAAGUAAAUUCGCCGUGACCGCCAUAACGGAAAUCCAUCGUCAGGAGUUUAUAAGGAGCAAACAUCACAUCAAGGUGACUUCUGUGAGCCCUGGGGCUGUGAAAACUGAGAUUUUCCCCCAAGAAAUGUUGGAGAAGUACCCCGAUUUUCCAUUUCUUGAAUCUGAAGAUAUCUCCCAGAGUGUCCUUCAUGUCCUUGGGACACCACCUCAUGUUCAAAUUCAUGAAUUAACUAUUAAACCCUUUGGGGAACAGUUUUAAAAAAAUCUAAUAUCAUCGCUCUUAAAAAAAUGAUUUUACAAAAUCAAGAAAUAUUUAAAAUUUUUCUUAAUCGAUUGUAUAAUUUCAUGCAAAUAAAAUUUUUCGUUGGCUAACAAAA